AUGGAGCCACGCCUGUGCAGCAUCUCCGCAAGUGUGCAGGCUGCCUGGCCAGGAGACCACAGGCUCAGCACCGGGUGUGUUACUGGGGAGGAGGUGAUUGCUGCCCUCUGCCCUGGACUCCUGGCUGACUUCAUGCACACUGAUUACUGUGUGACCGUAAAGCACCUGUGUUCAUCAGUGGAACGAAUGCAGCUUGAAAGAUAUAUAUACUGUAGGUUUCAGCACACAACCAUGAAUGGAAGUGAGUUCCCCCCGGAGGACCCCUGCCGGACCUCUCAGGGACUGACCAUCUUCCUGAUCGCCUCCUACUCCUUGGUGAUGGUGCUGGGGCUGCUGGGCAAUGUGGGGCUGAUCUGCAUUAUUGCCCGGCAGAAAGAGAAAGCCAAUGUGACCAGCAUCCUCAUUGCCAACCUCUCGGUCUCUGACAUUCUGGUCUGUGCUUUCUGCCUGCCCUUCACUGUGGUCUACACCCUGAUGGACCACUGGAUCUUUGGGUCUGUUCUGUGCCGGUUGACACCCUUUGUCCAAUGCAUGUCGGUAACAGUCUCUAUCCUAUCCCUGGUGCUCAUAGCCCUGGAGCGGCACCAGCUCAUCAUCAACCCCAGUGGCUGGAAACCCAGUGUGCCCCAGGCAUACCUGGCAGUUGUGAUAAUCUGGAUGCUUAGCUGCUUCACCUCCUUGCCAUUCUUGGCCUUCCACCUGCUCACGAUGCUGCCUGAAUCUGAGGAGAAGGAGGUGUGCAUGGAGAACUGGCCUUCGCAGCAGCACAAGUUGGCUUACACCACCUGGCUGCUGGUCUUCCAGUACUGUGGGCCACUGGUCUUUGUGCUGAUUUGCUACCUGCGCAUCUUCAUGCGGCUGCGGCGCCGCCGGCACAUGCUAGACCGCAGCUCCGAGGAGAACCGGCGCAUGAGUCACAGCAAACGCAUAAAUAUCAUGCUGGCUGCCCUGGUCACUGCCUUUGCCAUCUGCUGGCUGCCGCUCAAUACUUUCAAUGCAGUAGCGGACUGGCACGACGAUGCCAUCCCACACUGCCACCACAACCUGGUCUUCUCACUCUGCCACCUGAUGGCCAUGGCCUCCACCUGCAUAAACCCCAUCAUCUAUGGUUUCCUCAACAGCAACUUCAGAAAGGAGGUGAAAGACGCUGUGCAGCACUGCUGCUGCUGGCCACCAGAGGCCGAUUAUGAGCACUUUCCCCUUUCCACCAUGCAGGUUGAGGUGUCUAGAACAUCGCUACGCCUCAGCUGCAGGAACAACUCAGUUUAAAGUAUCACUUGCCCAUUCCUGGCACUACAAGUGAUUGUUCAAAAUCUCUGGAUGGUCUGGGUAGCGUUGAGUCUACAACAAACUGCUGACCGUCUAUAAGAUAUAGUCCUUUUGCACUGAUGGGGCCAGUACACAGACUUCUUGUGGCACGUUACUUUAAACAGACAUUUUAAACAGUCCUUUGCCAAUAAGUGGAGUGUUUAUGUGCCCAAAGGAGAGCUGUAUGUUACACAGCAACUGUUUAAUGGAAUGUUGCAUGCGUGUUUUGGAGUGACAGCUGUGCUGUUGGCAUUUCAGCACCCCAGCUCAUAUUCAUUAGGAUGAUAUGUACAAAAACCACGUUUCAGAGAUAUGGAAAUUAGAAAGUUAAAACCCACUAAUUCAGUGAGGAAUGUAGAUGUAUUGUUUUUAGAAGACACUUGACCCUUGUGUAGACAAAAAAAUGUCUUGAUUCCUAACAAUUCAUUAUGUGUCUUAUAUUGAAGUAGACGCUCAAUCUACAGAAGAUGCAAAUUUAGCUAGAAAAAAAGCCUGCAAGCCAAGAAGGAAAUUUGUUAACUGAAAUGCACAGGAUUUUUUCUACAGGAAUGGUAGGGCUCGUAUUAAACAUGACAUGGUUAUCCAAAACAGAAGAGCCAGUCCAAAUGUCAAAGCCAGACCCUCUACCAGCUAGCAAGACUGAUUCACUCCUAGCACAGAUAUUCCUUCUCCAAGAGGUAAAAACCACAGUUGCGUAUGAGACCUCCCUCUGCUUGCCACUGCAAGCUUUUGUACACUUUCUCCAGUGCAUACACUUGGUCUCCAAGUAAUAUGAAUGGCAUUUUUUAAUCUGUUAGAAAGGUAGAGGUCCAAAAUCUUUGGGUCUCUUGAUGGUUGGCUGGGCAGGAAAAUAAGAUGUGGCUGUAUUUACGCUGAGGGGCAGCUGCUGCUGAUAAAGGUAAGGCUUGGUGCAAUACCAGAUAGGACUCUGCAUCAUCCACACAAAAACGUCAUCUGGAGCUGCAGCGCUAUUCGCAUAGCGUAAAGCGAUCCUCAGCUUAGCCCCCCGGCAGGUACCCAAAACUCAACAUCCCCUGCAGCCUGAGGCAUUAAAGCACCAUAAAUAUAGCAUCACAGUACCAUAAGGAGGUUACUGCAUCAUAGCACCAUAAGUAUGGCAUCAAAUUAGACUCACCACAACUUGAAUUUGAAUUCUACAACCCAAAUAUUAAUGUUUACCUGAACUUGAGUUUCAUUACCUGAAUAUCAGAAUCUGAAUUUGAAUCUGUUUACCUGAAGUUGAAUUAAAGAACCUGAACUUCCGAAUAC